CGCACAGUGACGUUGCUCUGUUUCAAAGUCUCAAUCUCAUUCUCAGAAGCUGUGCAACUCCAUGCCAUGGAUCCUCAAGCUCCGGCCACCGGCACCACCGCUCGAAGCGCCGCUGAACCCUCACAAUCUCAACCAUCACAACCACCAUCUUCUCUCCCUCCACCUUCCUCAUCAACCCCUCCUAUCUCAGCUCCACCCCAUCCUUCCCCUAACCCAAACCCUAACCCUAGCCCAAUUCAAAACCCAAACUCCAAACCCCCAAUCGCAACCCCUCCCCAACCUCGUCCUCCGCCUUCAUUCAACCGAAAUUUGCCGCCGCCGUCGCAGCAGCAGCAGUCGCAGUCCCAUUUCCAGCACAUGUCGUCGCUCCCACCUUCGUCCGCUCCUCCGGCGUCUUCUUUUCCGUCCACUCCCUCAUCGUCCAUUUCCGGUGCAACCGCCGGGCCGAGGGGCGGCGUGGCAAUCGGUGUCCCCGCGCACCACCAGAGCCCUUCCCCUCCGUUUUCUUCUUCUUUCGGUCAGCAUUUUGGUGGGUUGGGUCGAACCGGAGUCAACGUCACAGAAUCUACCUCCAAUUCUAGCACCUCUCAGGUGAGAACGCCCAUGCAGGGAAUGGGUAUGUUAGGAUCUUUGGGUUCAAGUUCUCAAAUGCGGCCAGGUGGAAUACCUGCCCAUCAACAGAGACCCGUUCAAUCUUCUCUUAGACCGCCAUCCUCUGUCCCAAAUAAUCAGCCUGCUGGUUCACAAAGCUUCCAAGGGCAUGGGCUUAUGAGAUCCUCAUCAGUGGGUGUGGGAUCACCUGCUUCUCCAUCUCCAAGUGCAUCACAAAGUAUGCAGUCACUUAAUCAGCCAUGGUUGUCAGCUGGGCCACAAGGGAAGCCGCCUUUGCCAUCUCCUUCUUAUAGGCAGCAAUUGAAUCCACAAUCCUUGCAGCAAAGGUCACAUAUUUCUCAGCAGCAGCAGCCACCCACGCCAACAGCUUCGCAGCAGCAGCAACCUUUGCCGUCUAAUCAAUCGCAGGAGCAUUUUGGGCAACAAGUUCCGUCAUCAAGGGCUCUGCAUAUGCCUCACCAGCAACAGGUUACAAGGCUACAGGGCUCAGGAAAUCAGAAACCUUCAUCUCUUAUGGUGGCACAAUCUAGUGCAGUUCAACCAGGGAUUCCAAGUAGAUUAGUUAAUGCAGAUACUGAAGAAUCUUGUAAUAGUAUUCUCAGCAAAAGAAGUAUCCAUGAGCUAGUCAAUCAGGUUGAUCCAUUGGAGAAGUUGGAUCCUGCAGUUGCAGACAUUCUUGUGGAUAUUGCAGAAAACUUUCUUGAGACUAUAACCAGAUCGGGUUGCUCACUUGCCAAGCAUCGGAAAUCGACGACUUUGGAAGCGAAGGACAUACUUUUACAUCUUGAGAAAAAUUGGAAUAUGACACUUCCUGGAUUUGGUGGUGAUGAGAUUAAAGGCUUCAAAAGACAGCUUACAUGUGAUAUUCACAAGGAGCGUCUAGCGGCUAUAAAGAAAUCAAUGAUAACAACUGAGGCAGCACAUACUAAGGGCUCUGCUGGCCAGGCAUCUGGUAGUGCAAAGGGUAGCCAGGCGAAGACAUCCUUGAAUGUCAUUGGCUCUCCCAACCUUAAAAAUUCAUGAGAUACGUGCUGUAUUUAUGAUUUAUGCAGCAAUGGAGGUAAUUGAAUUUUAUAAUAAACCAAACAGAUAUACAUGUUUGCAAUUUUACAUUGUAAAUAUAAAUGGCAUCUAUAUCCAUUAUUCGUCAGGCCACAUGAUUUGCAGAGCUAGAAAUGCUUUAAAGGGAGUUCACUUAACACCGAAAUUGUGGCAUGAAGUGAUGCCUUUAUUUCUUCGAUCCUGAUUCCUGAGUGACGUGAUAGAAGUUCAACUUCGAUCAACUCCUUUGUCUAAGUGGAAAGCCAAAACUUGUGGAGUGUCGAUCCUGAUGAACAUUUAAGUCUGCAUGUCACGUUGUCAUAAUGUUAUAAGACUCUCUGACUGGUACUGUUUGGAAAUGCUAAUUCUUGCCCUCAAAUUCUCAUGUUGAAGCCCAACUUUUCCAAUCAAACUUGUUUGACCUAAUUCGUUCCAUAUUAGAGGGUUGUUAGGACUUAUGAGUGCAUUACUCAUGCUAUUCAACUUGUCAGCAUUUUUUUAUUUUUUAGUUUUGUUUUAAUCUGCUUGUUCUUCUCAUGUGCAUACAAGCUGAUUUUGUAUUUCGUGUGGAGCUUGAUUUGCAAAGUUUUGUGCCUUUCUCUUGUUCUUAGGACGAUCUUGUUUUUUUGAGGCUGUUUCUGAGCAUUCCAUUUAGCAGUUCAUGAGCAGUGGUCUGAAUUUUGAAGCAUUGCAGAAAAUCAUAUAAGGGGAAUCAUGAUUUAUAUGAAUUCCGUUCAUUGUGUAAAUAUUUUUA